CCUCUGUUAACCCCCCAUUUGUAAACCCCUCCACCUCUCUCUCUUUCUCUCUCCAGUUCGCGUUCUAUACCGUCUACAAUGCUUUCUCGCUUCAUCUCCAAAUUUUCACACUUACAGCGUUUCCGAACCCUAAUUUCAUCACAAGCCCACAUCUUAAGUCCGAAACCCGUAUCCCGUAAUCCCUCGUUUCCAUUUUUCACCUUCCGUUUAUCCUCCCAAACCCCCAAUGUUUCGUUUUUCUCCACAAAUAGAAACGGUAAUGGAAACUUUGGUGACGAUUCAGCAACCUCAACUUCAGAUUUGUGGAAGCUAAACUCAGAAAUUAAUCAAGAUAUUGACUCUGUGUUUUCUGUAGAGUCUGGAACUUUAGAGGGCAUCCAUGAUCAAAAUGCUGAGGAAAUGAAAAAUGGUGAUGAUGGGAUAGAUGGUAUGUUUAAAGGGGUUGAAGAAAAGGGCGGAAAGAGUGAUAUAUUUAGAAGGGUGGAAGAGAAGAUCGAUGGUGGAGGCCAGGUCUGGACCACCGCGGAGGAGAAUGAGCCGUGGAGUUUCGCUGCUGAGGGAAAGGAUGGUGAAGAUGAGGAUGUGUUUGGUGUUGGAGAGGAGAAAGGAGAAAUGGGGUUGAGUGGCUUUGAAAGUGUCAGGGAGGUGAGUGUAGGAAGUGAAAGGAGAACCGAAGAGAAGCAGCUCGAAGUAGAAGAGAAGGCUCUCACUGCUGUACUUAAAGGUCCAAAUCGUGCAUUUGGGGAUCUUAUAGCAGCAUCUGGAAUCACAGAUGCAAUGUUAGAUAAUUUGAUUGCUUUGAAAGACUUUGAAGGCAUUCAAGGACUGCCCCCUCUAAGGGAUAUUGAAGAUCAGCGUUACGAAAAGAACACCAAAAAAUCCAGUAGGGCUGAAAUAGAGCGCCAGAAACAGGAGGAAGUUGCCAAUUCACGUGUCAGACAAGUAGACGAUAAGGGAAGGGCUUAUGGAACAGGAAGGAGGAAAUGCAGCAUUGCACGUGUCUGGAUUCAACCUGGUGAGGGUAAUUUUGUAGUAAAUGACAAAGAGUUUGACGUGUAUUUCCCGAUGCUUGAUCACCGUGCUGCACUUCUUCGGCCUUUCUCUGAAACUAAAACUUUGGGUAUUUGGGAUGUCAAUUGUACUGUUAAAGGAGGCGGCGUAUCAGGUCAAGUUGGUGCCAUCCGUUUGGGCAUCAGCAGGGCAUUGCAAAACUGGGAACCAGGCUUGCGUCCUCCUCUCAGAGACGCUGGUUUUCUCACGAGGGAUCCAAGAGUCGUGGAAAGGAAAAAGCCUGGUAAAGCCAAAGCAAGAAAGAGCUUCCAAUGGGUCAAGCGUUAAUGGAGGGUCAUGCGUUCUUAUUCUGAUGCUGUCAGCUAUCCAUGGACACAAAUGUUUUGCUUCCUGGCAAUGAGAUUGAUAUCUCUUCAGGUCAUCUGGCAUCAAUAGUAUAACAAAAAGUGUAGUCGAAAAGUUGCUCAACAUGCAGCAUUGCAUGGAAUAUUAGAUUUUUCACUGACAUAUUGUCUUGGACUAUUCUCAAUUUCCUUAGAUUUUAUAAUUGCGGCUUCAUGCACAUUUAUAUAUCGUUGUGGAGAUAGAGAAGUGACUUGUAAUAAUGGAAUAAAUGUUUGGAAACCUAGUGUUAGGUUCUUUAUAUUAAAACUUUUAAUUGGCCGUGCUGCUUGUCUCAGCGUGGUUGGACACCGAGUAGAAUAGACAAGAUUUUAACUUA